AAAAAUUUCUCCAGUAAAAUUCACAGAUGACUUCAAAAAAAGGCAACAGAAACGAAAAACUGACGAAGGUGAAAGUGGGUACACUCCAAAAGAGACCACACAAAAAGCUUCAAAAAAACAAAAAAUUGUAGAAAACGCAAGUCAAAGUUCUUCUGCACCUACACGAUAUUCGGAACGUAUUGCCAGCCAAUACUCGGAUCUUGCAACAUCCACCAAC